UGACUCCCGAUGAUGCUCCAGAAAAUUUAAAAACGCAGAAGAAGAAGUCGAAGCAGAAGAAGUCGAGGAGGAACGCAAAGAAACAGGAAGAAGACGAAGAAGACGACAGCGGCACCACAAUGGCUGGGUGUAGGAGACUACUGAAGGAGCUCGACGAUAUGCGCCAGAAUGGCAUGAAGUGUUUCAAAAACAUUCAAGUGGAUGAAUCAAAUUGUAUGACCUGGCAAGGGAUCAUUGUUCCUGAGUUCCCUCCGUAUGACAAAGGAGCCUUUCGCAUUGAGAUCAUCUUCCCUGCAGAGUACCCGUUCAAGCCACCCAAGGUCACUUUCAAGACAAAAAUCUACCAUCCCAACAUUGACGAGAAAGGCCAGAUCUGCUUGCCCAUCAUCAGCGUCGAGAACUGGAAGCCAGCCACAAAAACCUGCCAGGUGAUCGAGAGUCUAGUUGCUCUGGUGACCACCCCUGAGCCGGAGCAUCCGCUGCGGGCCGACCUGGCGGAGGAGUUCAGCAAAGAUCGUGCAAAAUUCAUGAAGAACGCCGAGGAGUUCACAAGGAAACACAGUGAGAAGCGGCCCGUUGACUGACGGCACAACACUGACGUUCACAGCUGCUGGCCUCCUUUCUGUUUCCUGUUUUAAAGAGCCCAGCCUGACUCUCUGUUCUUAUCCCCAAACUACACAGAGAUGCCCCCUGUCCCGCGUCCCCGCAUUGUUUUAGCACUCUCCAAACCACUCCGUAAUAGAGGCUUGUGUUUCUGUUUCACUUUGCCAAAAAGAAAAGCAGGACUUUUAGGUGAGUAGGCAGGCUCUGGCCUCUAGGUGUCACCCUUUGGUUGUUUUGACUUCUUUCUACUGAUUUCUUUUUAGAAAAAAUACGAAAAAUAUCAAGAGGUGGCAUCCAGGAAAGUAACAUGUCAGGAAAAAAAUAAAUAAAUAAAAAGUGCUGUUCUGCUAACUUUUAAAUGUGGGAAUGUUUUCUCAGAUUAAUCAUUGGCUGAUGCAAACAUGUUUUACAGAUUGAUUAAAUUUUGUUCUCAAAGUUUAACGACCAGUGCGCAGCAUCUAAUGCUGAUGUUUCUAACUGUUUUUCUUUUGUUUCCUCUUCCCUCGAGAUACACUGUACUUUGUGAAGUCACCUGUCGCAGUACAUGCAAAAGCAAAGUUUAUAACCGGUGCAGAAUUCAACAUGUAAUCACAGAAAUCUAUGAAAAUGCAACAACAUCGAUGUUUCCUCUGACGUGUUUUUGUAUUUUGAGAUGAAAAUUAAAAAUCCUUCCACCUCUGUUUGUCCUCCCAGGUAGUGCGUAGUGUCGGUGAGCAGUAUAUCAUGUGUUUCUGCGGGUGGGAAAUCGGACUUCUCUUUAUGUUUUGAUCUAUUACUGGUUGUUGUAAUUCUCCAGGUUUCCUUUUUUUUUUUUUCUAAACUUUUGUUAAUUUAUGUUGUCAAUUAGUCUAAGCACCAACAUUAACACAGAGCUCUUCACUUCUGCAGACGUUGGCUUUUAAUUACAUGCAGGGUCUCUCUUUUUUAUUUUCAUUUUAUUAUUUUUUUUACCAACUCUUGUUCAUCUGCUCGGCACAAAGCUGUCAAUAUUUGCAUACUUAAGAUAUUAAAAGCACUGAUUGGUUUUCAACCUGCGGUAUGUCUGUGAACAGCAGUUAAACGGCUCUAAUUGGCUUUCUUUCAUUAAUUACACAACAUUAGCUAGGUAACGUGUCCUGAUGGCUGACGAAUCAUGGCUCACACACAUGUAAGGCAAUACAUCCAGCUGCCGGUGGAGCACAGACGGUGAUUAAUGAAUAAAGAUUUGCGAUGGAUGCUUAA